AUGUAUCCAGUUCGGUGCAAUGAAGCACCAAUGUCGGAGCAGGUCGGUUCGCAUUAUGUUAGAACUCAUGAUUACGUCGCUGGGUCUAACAAAACUCGUCUGUCUGGGCCUGCACCUUCAUACUACGAUGAUGACAACCUUUCGCUUCAGGAAGUUAUCAGACCCAGCUCGCAUGAUUUCCAAGAAGGCGACUUUGUACCUCCCGGGUUCUUUCAGGUGGUGAAUCUGGAGAACUUUGUUUAUCGGGUACGCUUGUCUGAUUGGGAUUAUACAUGGCGCAGACAGGCACAGGCAAUCCUACCGUUUCUCUAUCUGGGUCCGGUCUCCUGCCUUAAAGACAAAGUUUGGCUCGCCAGUGAAGGGUUUACUCUGCUAUUGGCAAUUCGUAACACACGCUCCGCGCAGGCGCGCUUGGUCUCCGGCGAGAAAAUAGGAGCAGAGAUGGGCAUUGAAGCAGACUCAGUCGACGUCAUGGAUAACCAAGAACUCAUAUCCGCCUUUUCUCAGAUUAUAAGACGCAUCAACGAGCAUCUAAUCUCAACUGAAGCUGCUGGAGGGACUAGCACGGCUGCAGGCAAGAAGGUUCUUGUCUUCUGUGAGUCUGGCAAUGAGCGUUCAGCCACAGUUGUCAUUGCGUAUAUUAUGGUAAUGCUCAAUCUGAACAUAUCGCUCGCAUUGCACCUGGUCCAGCAGCGAAGGUUCUGCAUUUGCAUCGAAGAGCCGUUGAGACAGUUACUUGCAUCUUUCCAAUCUAUUCUUCAAGCCAAACGGGACGUUCAGAGGGCUAAACAGGCUAUGUCAAAUUCGAACUUAGCCGCUCCCCAAAUGACGGUCUCCAGAAAAAGAAGUAUCGCUGAUCGCCUUGAUAAUGAAGCUAUGAGGACACAUGAUGAUACGAUGGGAAUGGAUGUGGACAUAAGUAUGGACAUAAACAGUGAUUCACUCAGCGAUAGGAGGCCACUUGCUCCAUUUCAGGAUCGCUAG